CUUAGCAACACACCUGAUCGUCCUAUUUCGUCAAUCGUGUUUUGUGUUGUGUACUUUUUUAGCCUUUGUGUGAAUUUUUUGGAAUUUCCUUCAUAAAUGCUUCUGUUCUAAGUUUCAAGGUCUCCUGGACCCUAAUUAGCUAAGAUGUACAAACUCAAAUCUGCUCAGCGAGAAAAAGUCCGGAAGUUCAUCGCAUUUACUCAAACUGGCGAAUCUACAGCGAUAAAUUGUUUAGCACAAAAUGAUUGGAAGCUAGAACUAGCCUCCGAUAAUUACUUUCAAAACCCAGAAGCCUACUACAAGGAGCCUAAGAAUAGUGUUGAUAGGCGGAAACUGGAAGUCUUAUUCAAUAAAUAUAGAGAUCCCAACGAAACUGAUAAAAUGACAGCUGAAGGUAUAAUGAAGUUUCUAGACGAUCUCAGUUUAAGUCCUGAAUCAAAGUUAGUAUUGAUAAUAGCUUGGAAAUUCAAAGCUGCCGCUCAGUGUGAGUUUUCACGGGAAGAGUUCAUGAGAGGAAUGUCUGAAUUAGGGAGCGACAGCAUCGACAAAUUGAAAGCGAGGUUGCCCUCAUUAGAUAGUGAGAUCAAGGACCAGCUGAGGUUCAAAGACUUUUAUUACUUCACCUUUAACUAUGCAAAAAAUCCAGGGCAGAAAUGUCUAGAUUUAGAGAUGGCAAUCACGUACUGGAAUAUCGUUCUCCAAGGUCGUUUUAAAUUCCUAGAUUUAUGGUGCAGAUUCUUAACGGAACACCACAAAAGAUCAAUACCUAAAGAUACUUGGAAUUUAUUGUUAGACUUUUCUUUAGCUAUUAACGAUGAAAUGUCAAAUUACGAUGAAGAGGGUGCAUGGCCGGUUCUAAUCGACGAUUUUGUCGAAUGGGCUCAACCACUUGUUAGCAAUCAUUCUCAAGUACACAGCACGCAAGUAUAAUGAUGCGCACUUUUUUAGUGUUGUUGAAGGAGAAGUGGAAGUUACCAUUGGUCUCAAUCUUGUGGUCGUCAUACGGCACAUGACAAAACAAAACGCAAUAUCAGGAACAGCAAAUUCUUAUUUUUGGAAUUGAAUUUAUAAAAUUUCUUCCAAGCAAACCAGCAUAUCUAAAAAGUCAUGGAAAUUGAAACUAUUAGACUUGCAAGUGUGGAGACCGUUGUCAUUUGUUAUAAUAGUCUCCCAUUCCCUCUCCCGCCCCCCUUCCUUGGAAUACAACUAUUAUUGUUGUUGAUUCUGUUUUUACCGAAUCAAUCGUGUGGAAAGAACCUCACUCUAAAAAUGACGGUAUAGAGGAUGUUAUUUCUCUGUAUUUCAUAUUUCAGGCAAAACCAGCUCUCAAAUUUCGAAAUAGUUGUAUUGUUAGGGGUUAGUAACUUGAGUGCAACUUGUUCAGGAUCGUUUGUUAAAAUUUUUUGAGGAAAAAGAGACCACACAUAAUGUUAAUGAUACUCAUCACAAAUAUAAGGCUGUAAAGAAAUGGAAACAUCAUAAUGUUUGCUGCAGCUAGGAUGCCAGCGAAAACUCUCAUCUUUGCCUUUGUUCCAAGUUGUUAACAAGAAGACACUCUGGUGGCAGGUUCCAAUUUUUCUUUCAAAGGACUAGGAUCACGCACAGAAUACCAAGGAAUUUGGGGCUUUUUUGAUGUGAUGUUCCUUAUGACCCUCCGAAGCCGAUAAGUUUUAAGAUCUAACUUUCUUUGUGUCAAUAUUGAAAAAACAGGACUGAAAAGUGAAUUUUUUGGCCUUCUUGCUUGUGCUCUCCUGUGGAUAAUUGGAGCUGCUGCCAUGUCUGUGUGGGCACUACUUGUUAUCAUUUGGAGAGAUUUUAUUUUUCUUGUCCUUCUUAUCUUCUUAGUCUGCAAGGGAACAGAAAUUCGAUCACCAAUUAGAUGUUGUAACAUUCAUACUGGCUCGGCUCGGAUCAACCGUCCUGAAGUUACAGCCUCUUAAAGGUGCUACAUCUGUCAAUUUACCCGAACUUUGGAAGCUCAAUAAAAGUUGAACGGGGCAUCAAAAAAAUUAAAAUUUACGUUUUUCAACUCAGCUCAGUGAACAGAAAGAGUUUGCCAAAUUUCAUGCAAUUCUGAGGGGGUCAGGUCAAAAAGUGCCAAUUAUUGGUCUGAUUUGACAUGGAAUGACCCACCAGAUAUUGAUUGUAGAAAUGCCUAAAAAUACACUUUUCAGCCCUGCUUUUUACAAGAUUGGCAGGUAGGAACUUUGAUUUUGAAAGCUCUGAAGGUUGUAAGGAACAUCGUAUCAAAUAAUAUAAAAAUGUUGCCUGCCCAGAAUUUCUCGGUGUUCUGUGUGUAGUCCUCUAGGAAAUAUUCUCUCAGUGAAGAAGAGCUCACCACAAUUGAACCUGUUUCCAUCUCCAGGCCUCGGAGGAGCAAUGUAAGCUUUCAUAAUUUUUAAAGGACUGAAAAGCACCAAAUUUAAGUGGAAUUGGAUGCUGACACGAGACUCUGUCUUCUUGUAAGAACCAAAUAGAUUUUAUUAGAAUGUAAUUUUUCAAACAGUUGAGGAGUGAAAGACUCAGCAGGCACAAUUAUAAUUACUAAGAAUUCUUUGGACAUGUAUUCUAUCUUUGCCUGCCUUCAUUAUUUGAGUGAAAAAAAAUCAAUUAUUGCCCUCUUCUCAACUAUUUGCUCAAUACUUUUCGGAAAAUUAUGUAAGGGAGUGUUCUGCUUCACUUUAAUGGAAAGGACUCAAGUUUUUUCUCUCUUGGCAUCCUCUUUAAACUUUUCUUUUGUCGUAAAUUAAUUAAAAAGUUGGAGGUAUGUAAGUAAAAAAAUGGAGACAAAAUAUGUAGGACUCGGUAAAAUUUUCAGUAGCCUUGAUCAUCAAAAUGACAAUUACUGUCAAAUGUAGUUGAACAGUAUUUAGUGUCUCUUCUCAAGAAAAAACUAAUUAAGUAAGAAAGAGUGCUGGUAUUUUUAUCUUCGAUGACCAGCAAUAAGUGUUCUUCACAAAUACUUACCAAUCAAUGUCAAAACUCAAAAUUGCUUCCAAUAUGUCAUAAGUGGUCUUGUCCAUGGGUUAAAUCGUCGCUAGAUCCUUCCAAAUAUGUAUUUCUUAAACGAAGGAAGUGGAUUUGAGGCUUCUUUUGCACAGACUAAAUGACCCUGAACCAUGGCUGAAUAUUUCAAGUUUUACCAGUUCAGUAGAACAAGUUUGAAGACGAAUGCUUUUAAAACAAAUUUAAGCUGUAACCUGUCAAACUUUGUAUUCUGUAAUCAAUUAACUACAAACAACAUCACUUAAGUUAACAAAUUUUGAUAGAAGAGGUCUGGUUUCAGUUCAGGUAAAUUAGAUCAACCAAAGUUUACAGGGAGUUAACCUGCGUAAAUGAAGCGCUAAAUAUUCAAAAUGUAUCAUUUUCCAUCGAAAACUUAAGCUUGUAGUUAGAAUUACCCUUGUUUAUCUUUCAACUCCUCAACUAUUUGUAUUUCAUAAUGAUCGAUCAGUUCGUGUUUCUUUCUUUGUAUAUCAAAGCAGCAAACCUCCGUGUUUGGUUUCACCGUUAUUUUUUUCCUUUUUACUAUUUUUGUUUCUUUUAUUACUUUUCAUUUAAUAGGAUACAUCCAUUUCUAGACGUACUCAUCUGUUUUUCCUCAUGUUUUCAGCAAUAAUGAAUUUUUCCUCCCUCUCUUCAGUUUGUACUAUUUUCGAUACUGUUCUGUCCCGUUUGACUCAUGAACAUGUAUUUUUACUUAAGUACACACAGAGAGGAAUCUUUCGGUGGACACACCAAACUCUGUGAGCCGUUGCUCCUCAAAGACCUCAGCACUCAUUAGGGAAGAUUUCAGUUGUUUCACUAGAGCUUUAGUAUUUUUCCCUUUACAGCCAAAUUUGGAUUAUGUUGCCAACUAAGCUGCGACGUUUUCACCCGAGCCUUUUGGUAAUGAAGAUUGAAGACUUUGAUAAGCCAUAGCUUACUAAGUUUGGAGGGUUUACUGAAAGAUUUCUCUCUGUGUACUGUGAAAUAUAACAUCCACCAGAAAGCAAAGUUUCCCCAGUUACUUUUGGAUUCAGGGCAGCUCUCAAUCAUCCUUUUCGAUUUUAUUUUGUGUUGUAGAAGUUUUAUGUAAGGAAACUAUAUGUAUGUUGAUGUUGACUUGUAAAUAGUAUUCCCUUUUCCAUGGAAAAAAUUGUACAUUAAAGUUAUUUCGAUUGUAAA